AUUUUGUUUGUUUAGUUUUAUUCAGUGAAGUGACCGGAUACGUCUUUGAAAACUGCAUUUCUACCAUUAAAGUUUAAAGCAAUGGUUUCAGAAACUACAACUCCCACGACUCAACAGAAAUCAAAUUUCCGGACACGUGACCGAAUGUCAUGUGCUCCUCCGCUUCCCCGAGCGGCCAAAACACUACCGUCUGACCACCGGCGUUAACUCUCUUCCACAUAAGGAAAUCACGACGCGACCAAACCGAAUGCCAACUUUCUGAUGGCGAUUAACACUGAUGUGGAAGACUGGGGUGGCAUCGGCAGCAAUGAUGCUGGAGAAAGGGCUUGGCUCCUUCAGAGCCCCAGCGUGGACUCUGUCCAGCCCCCAGAGUUGGCUGAGAGGAGCAGGGGGGUCUCAACGCUGGGAGCUGUGUUCAUCGUAGUGAACGCAGCUCUGGGCGCGGGUCUACUCAAUUUUCCGGCGGCUUUCAACAUGGCGGGAGGAGUAACAGCAGGAGUGGUUCUUCAGAUGUUUAUGCUGAUCUUCAUCAUCAGUGGGCUUGUCAUCCUGGGCUACUGCUCCCUCGUCAGCAAUGAAGGCACGUACCAGGAGGUUGUCCGAGCCACGUGUGGAAAAGUCCCAGGAGUCUUAUGUGAAGUAGCCAUCGCUAUCUACACUUUCGGCACCUGCAUUGCUUUCUUCAUCGUCAUUGGAGACCAGCUGGAUCGCUUGAUUGCUGCUGUAGAGGAUGAAACGGAGGGAAAAGUCAGCAACCACUGGUACACCGACCGCAAGUUUACCACCGUCAUUACUGCGGUCCUGGUCAUUCUUCCUCUCUCCAUCCCCAAAGAGAUUGGCUUUCAGAAGUAUGCCAGUGCCCUGAGCGUGAUUGGAACCUGGUAUGUGACAAUCGUGGUCAUUGUGAGGUACAUCUGGCCAGACAAAAAGGUGACUCCGGCUUAUAUUCCCACCAGUUCUGGUUCCUGGACUGCAGUUUUCAAUGCAAUGCCCACAAUAUGCUUCGGUUUCCAGUGUCACGUCAGCUGUGUGCCAGUGUUCAACAGCAUGAGGAAGAAGGAGAUCAAACCGUGGGGAUUUGUGGUGACGCUCAGCAUGAUCAUUUGCCUUUUUGUUUACACAGGAACAGGGGUCUGCGGCUAUCUGACCUUUGGCUCCAGCGUGAGUCAGGACGUGCUGAUGUCGUACCCUUCAGAUGACAUCGCCGUGGCUUUUGCAAGAGCUUUCAUUGUCAUCUGUGUCAUUACCUCCUAUCCCAUUUUACACUUCUGUGGCAGGGCAGUCAUAGAAGGACUUUGGCUGCGGUUUCAAGGCGAACAGGUGGAGGUGUGCGUGCGCCGUGAGCAGAGGAGGAGGAUCCUGCAAACACUAGUGUGGUUCGUUGUCACCCUGGUCCUCGCCCUCUUCAUCCCAGACAUCGGGCGUGUGAUCUCACUUAUUGGAGGGCUGGCGGCCUGUUUCAUCUUUGUGUUUCCAGGUUUGUGUUUGAUGCAAGCCAAACUGUCCGAGACAGAGAGCCGAUCAUCGAGCUGGCAUGCCUUGGUAGGCUUCGGUGUUGCCAUGGUUACACUUGGUGCGUUUAUCUUCGGCCUCACAACCUCAAACUCCAUCUACCAAGAUGUCGUCAACUAAAAGGGAAGGUCGUCUUCAGAACUGGUGUUCCUCCAGGACGGGACAGCUUGGACCUCUGCUGCUAUCAUGAACAGCUGGAUGAGAUGAAGCAUCUCACGUUCAAAGACCCUAACCAUCAUCAUCGAGUGUCAACGUCAGUCUGAGUGCACUAAGGAGUGACCACCAAAUGCCAGGCUUCACUCUUCAGUGUCCUGUGAAGGAUAAACCGCAUGUUUUACGUUCCUCCUGUCAUUCCUAAAGGAGACGGACUGCCUUUUUCAUCUGUGGACUCUUUAGUGAUGAUUCAUUACUGUUUAUAGGAAAUGAAGGACUCUCUGUAGAAAGGUCUUACAAUCAAAUUGAUUUUACUGAUGAAAUUGUACCAAUUUGUGACUUUUACCUUGCAUGUGAAUGUUGGUUAUAGAAACCAGACCUGUUGGGGUCCUUGUGUUCUGAUCCACAAUCAUCUCAUACUGAAAGUUUGUCUUUUUUCUCGGAAAAACAGGUUUAAGCAAUAUGUUGACCAUAUUAAAUGAGUUACAUAAUGGGGUUUAGUUAAACUGAAUUUAGGACAAGUACUUCAAUCGUUUUCAACUGUGGAAGUGAACAAAUGGAAAAAAAUGGAGUGAAAGAGGGUUGUUUUAUUUUUCUGUUCGGGAAAAAUAAUUAUGUUUGACUUUGACUUGCACUAAAAAAAAUACAGAGCUGUUUAUUGAAGCUCAUUUGUAAAAUUACAGACAGCCUAAGUAGCUGGUAGGGCUGUAUAGUCUAAAACCUGCAUGCUUUUUUCAUGAGAACUGGUCCCUGUGUGGGCACGUUAAAUCACCUGUCAAACACAUCAGCUUUGUGACACAAAAUAUACUUUUUGAAACCAAAGUUAGAGCUUUAGUUUAAAUUCUCAUCAUGCCAAUUGCUGUACAUACAUGGCUGUAAAGAUAAAUCAUU